GUAUUAAUAGGUUCUACCAUAUAUUUAUUGUUGUUUUGUUCACAGGCUUUAUUAGCAACACAACCAGGGUCACACUAAAAUUUCAACUCAACUAUGAUAAGAUACCCAUUGGUUCACAUUUAUCUAACAGGUGGUUACACUGUUUGAAAUUAAUUUCCAAUACCCAUUUGGUUCCUCUUUUUGUCCAGAUACACUUUUCAAAUGUAAAUAUAAAUGGUUGUGGCUUUGCUUUAGCAAAGCAAUGGUUUGCUUAACUUAUUCUUAAUAUUCGUAUCUUCUAUGCCCUGCGUCAUCACGGCACAGUCUGUACCCGGUGGUUUUAAUCAGAGAAACACUUUGACUCUCAAUGAGCUGGGAGGAUUUAGUUUUCCUUCUAGCAUCAUGCAUGCACAUUAUGUGUCCAAGGCAAACAGUAAUGUAAGUGCAAAUUAAUACAGUGGUCCAGCAAAUUCAUGAACUAAUGACCCCCUUCCACUUGCUAUGACAAGACCAAUGAUAACCACCCAGUUACCUAGUAACCCCUCCCCCGGGAUUAGAAGUAUUAGGUCAGGACGGAAGGAUGAUUAGAGUGUGUUUUGACUUCUCGCCGUGGGUACUGGUCUUUUUUCCGAGUGAUUAUGAGCCAGGUAGCUAAGUGGCUGCUGAUUCAGAGAGAUCUCCGAUAAGGUUGUAGGAUGUUAUCUAAUCCCAGCAGUGUAUAUAGUCUCAGGGGGCGCCUGUACACGGUAUUGGAGCCACUUCCCCAAGCCAGCAUCAUCCAAGAGAACAGUUAACAUUCACUUCCACCAUGACGGCUUCAAUGAAAAGUGCCACGCUAUCUGCUCUCCUGCUAUGUUUCCUCCUCUACAUCGCGGACUCGUAUCAGAACACAGACAUGUCACGAAUGGGCUGCGGUGAAUGCACUCUGAGGAGAAACCCUCUGUUCUCUCGGGAGAGACCGGUGUACCAGUGCAUGGGUUGCUGCUUCUCCAAAGCGUUCCCCACUCCCCUGAGGUCCAAGGAGGCCAUGAUCGUGACAAAGAACAUAACAUCGGAGGCCACCUGCUGUGUCGCAUCACGUAGCACUCCGACCAAGGUUACCUUAGGAAACGGAAACACAGAGUUGGUGAAGAACCAGACCGCCUGCCACUGUAGUACCUGCCGUUACCACAGACAGUAGAGGUGGAGACUGCAGCUCAUCCCUGAUCUGGAAAAGAAGUUCAGCAACAGAUUGUCUUCAUGAUGUGCGCGUGCCUUCACUCUUCUAAAUGUCUGUAGCUCAACAUGCACCUCUCUUGUGUAAAUACAAUAAUAUCUCUCGGUAGAUUAAAUGAUAAAUUAUAGAAAUAAACUUUAUCAAAACAUGUAGACUACAUCUUCACUUCUUUGGUGUGAGCAAUGGUAUUAGGUACCUGUUGAUGUCAAUGUUAUGCCGGAUUAUUGACAAUAAUCAAUCAUCAAAAUCAAAUGAAAAUGUUCCAAAAAUAUAUUACAUGCAAUUAAGCUCACCUUGUUAACCAUGUGCGAAAAGUUAUUGGAAUAACCAAAUGUGUUAUGGGAUAUUAUCCAUUGGUUGAUUCGCAACACAAACAUUUUAAUUGUUUUUUUAAUAUAUAUUAAGAACCUAAAAACUAUUCUUUGUGUAUUAGUUAUAUUGAUUGCUAAUUGUAUUAAUGUGUGUAUUUAUUGUCUGUUUGUACUUCCACUGAUCUAUAGGGCUCAUUGCAUAAAGAAAAGCUCUCUAAA